CCGCUUCCUGUUAUAUUCACGCACUGGCAGCAUGGCGGACAGGCAGGGGAAAGCGGCGGCGAGCGGGGAAGAGUUCGCUAAGAGAAUAGACCCCACCAAGGAGAGCCUGACCCGCGAGCAGAUGCAGUUCAUCCGGCAGGUGGAAAUGGAGCAGUGGAGGAAGAGGAGCCAGAAGCUCCGCGGCCGGAACCUUCUGACCGGGCUGGCUAUCGGAGCGGCGGUGAUGGGUAUAUACGGCUACACCUUUUACUCUGUGUCUCAAGAGGUGAUCAUGGACGAGAUCGACAGAGAGGCCAAGGAGGCGGCCAGGUAUCGAGCGCCCAAGACCGGAGCCAACUGAAGGUCAGCUGAAGGUUUCUGAGGACACUUUGUUAGGAGAGCUGGUCCUUGGUGAUUAAACCCUGCCGGAGGAGAUCUCUCUUCAGCCAGCUCCGGAAUCUCUGACCUGGACAAUGUCUCGCUUAAAACGUGUGGAAAAAUAAUACAGAGCCUGAGAAACACUAGAGGGCAGCAUUAUACCAGAAUAAACAUCAGUAAAUCACAGAAAAACGAACAGGCUGUGCAUCAGGAGGGAACCUGAUUUAUCUCAGACUGUAGGGUUAUGUCGAGCCUUUAUUGUAAUGUAAUAAAUCGUGUGUACGUGUGAGUGAUUCUCUGUAUCUGUUGGUUGAAGGAAUAAUGGAGAAAUAAAUGUUAUUUUUAAGUUUAUUGUACAAAUACAA